CCUCCUCGCCGCCCCAGCGCCAUCGCGGCAAAUCCGGCUCCGCUGGGAAGGAAUCCCAUGGAUCCCGCGAUCCCAGAGGAGAUCCGGAGGCUCCUGGGAGAGGCCGAGGAUUUCCUGGCGUGGGUUUUGCGGGAGGAGCCGCUCAGCGCCGGGGCCCGGCGGCAGCGGGAUGCGAUCCUCGGCGCCUUCCAUCGCCUCAAAACCAGGUACCACCUGGAAUUCCCAUCCCGAGGAGAGGAUGAGCACGACAGAUGGGAUGGCUCCGAUGAAAAUCCCAGCUGGAAUUUUGGCCCUUCCCGGAUUUCCGAGGUCCCGUUCCCAGCAGAAUUCCAGGAUGAGGGUCUGGAGGAGAUCCCACGGCCUGUCCAGGAUUCCGGGAAUAUUUUGAAGCAAGGAUACCUGGAGAAGAGAUCCCGAGAGCCCAGCUUUUUCGGCUCCGAGUGGCACAAGCGCUGGUGCGUCCUCACCCGCCGGAGCUUCCUCUACUACGCCAACGAGAAAAGCAAGCAGCCCAAAGGCUCCUUCCCCAUCGAGCGCUACCAGGCCCACCUGGAUUCCCAGCUGCGGAAAGAUUCCCGGAAAAAAUGCUGCUUCCGGCUGCUCUGUCCUGGCAAACGCUCCCGGCAGUUCACAGCUCCGAGCCCGGCCGAGGCCCAGGAUUGGGUGGAGCAGAUCCGUUUCCUCCUCAAGGACCUGAGCUCCCUGACCAUUCCCUGUGACGAGGACGAGGAGGAGGAGGAGGAGGAGCUCUCCAGGGACCGGGACAGCUCCGAUUCCAUGAACAAUUCCCAAAAUUCCACCCUGAAUCCGGAAGAGCCGGAGCUGGAAGGCGACGACAUCUACGAGGUGUUGCCAGAUGAGGAGCCGGAGCCGCCAUUCCCUGAGGAUGAGGAGGAUUUCGGGAGCGGGGACGAAAAUUCCGACUGGGAUUACUCCAGGUAUUACCAGGGGCUGUGGGAUUGCCGCGGAGACAAUCCCGACGAGCUCUCCUUCCGACGGGGCGACCUCAUCCGCAUCCUCAGCAAGGUAGGAGCUGGAAUUUGGGGGGAAUUCUGGGGGGGAAUUUUUUGGGGAAUUUUCGGGAUUUUU